AUGAGCUCAGAUUCGCAGAUGUUCCCCCCAUCCCCUCUCUGUGCCUUGCGUGGGGUCUGGGCCUUCUCACUGUGGCCUGGGCACGGCCUUGACAUUCAGACAUCGGUUCCUGCAAGGACACUUGCGUUUGGUCCAUACCGCGUGUGGCUGCAGCCUGUGCUUCUCCCGUUCAGCAUCUUCAGUAGAUGGGGGCUGUGCACGAGCCCUUUGUCUUCCCCGCAGACACCACUGGUGCUUGCCGGGCCUCGCAGGACCUGUGUUCAUAAAGACCACGUGUUAGGACAGCACCAAAGGUCUAGAAAUCCGGGCCAGGAGGAGGAGGGAGGGGGAUUGGCUGUGCCCGCCAGUGGUCUGAGAGCCCUGCCCGCCCGCAGAGACCUGGCCCGGGGCCUGCGGGGAGGGCGUGGCCCACGGUCCCCAGCGCCGGCAGUCUCUGGGUUCCAGGAGAACUGCACGAUCCUCGGGGAGCUGGUAAGGCUGCAGGCUCAGAAGUCUCGCCUGCUGGGGUUCAGCACGUGUGCCAACUCUCUGCUGGAGAUGAACAUGGCCAAGAGCAGCCAGGUGGUGGCUACUUUCCUAGAUAAGCUGGCCCAGAAGCUGAAGCCCCUCGGGGAGCUGGCAGCCGUGAUCCUGGAGCUAAAGAAGGCUGAGUGCCAGAGGCGGGGCCUGCACUUUGAUGGGCCCAUCAACGUCUAGGACCUGUGCUACUACAUGAACCAGGGGGAGGAGACGCGCUACCACGAGGACCAGUACCUGCUCAAUGAGUCCUUCUCCAUGCAGGUGGUCACGCGCGGGCGGCUGGGCAUCUCCCAGGAGCUGCUGGGGCUGACCUUCGACCUGGAGGAGGGCGCCAACAUGUGUCACGAAAAUGUGAGGCUCUACACGGUCCGGGACGCGGCCGCGGGCAAGGUCUCCAUCGGCAAGUUCUACUUGGACCUCUACCCUCGGGAAGGGAAGUCCGGGCACAUGGCCUGCUUUGGCCUGCAGCCGGGCUGCCUGCAGCAGGAUGGGAGGCGCCAGAUUGCCAUCGCGGCCAUGGUGGCCAACUUCACCAAGCCUACGCCCAACCCGCCAUCCCUGUUGCAGCAUGAUGAGCUGGAGACCUACUUCCAUGAGUUCUGGCAAGCGAUGCACCAGCUCCUCUCCCAGUCUUGGUGGGGCACGGGCAGCGCCGUCCCCCAGGAGCUGCUGGACAAGCUCAUCAAGUCCCGGCUGGCCAACCCCGGCCUCUUCAACCUGCGCCAGAUCGUCCUGGCCAAGUUGGACCAGGCCCUGCACAUGCAGAUGCCCUCGGACCCGGCCCAGGAGAAUGCCCGCCUCUGCCAGGAGAUCCUCGGGGGCCCAGCCAUGCCAGGUAGCCAAGCGACCCACCUGCCUGCGACCUUCGGCCAUCUGGCAGGAAGCCACGAUGCCCAGUCCUAUGGCUACCUGUGCAGCGAGGUGUACUCCACGGUCACGUUCCACACACGUUUCAAGCAGGAGGGCGUCCUGAGUGGCAAGGUUGCCAUGGACUACAGAAGCUGCAUUCUGAGGCCAGGGGGCUCCGAGGAUGCCAAGGGCGUGGUGAAGCUCUUCCUGGCUUGUGACCCCACGCAGGAUGCCUUCCUCCUGAGCAAAGGGCUGCAGGUUGAGGGCUGCAAGCCGCCUGCCUGCUGA